AUGAUUGACAAUUGCGAAAGCUCCACGACGUCUGAAGGGAAUUUGACGUAUGACUUAAAUAUGAGCAGAAAUAAAAUUCCUGACAUGUCAUAUUUAAAUGAGUCGACUUUUUUGGACGAACGGCUAAAUAAAAAAAUAGAGGGAGAGAAUUAUUACCAAGAAAUAAAAUAUGAUAUAUUAAGAAUUGAAAGGAAUAUAAAUAUUGAAGUAAAAAAACGAAUUGAAGCAAAUAAAAAUAUCCAGCAGUUAAUUGAACAUACUGCAAAUGAUAUGAUAAAUAAUGUUUUAAAUAAAAUAACUGCAAAAAUUGAAAAAAUUUCUUUAGAUUUGGACAAAAUUAUAAAAAAAUGUGAAGAAUUAGAAAAAGUUAUUGGACAAAUAAAAGUAGAAUUACCUACAAAAAUUCAAACAGAAAUGAUAAGCUUAAAAAGAGAAAUAUCUGACUUUCAAAUUGUAAUUAAUAAAUAUAUAAAUAAUAAAAAAAAGAGAGAUAAUAUAUUAUUCGGUAAAAUAGAAAACAUUAAUGCGUACAUAAAUAGUAAAAUUCAAAGUGAAAUUUCCUUUAAGCAAGAAGAUUUAAUUAUGCUCAAAAAUGAAAGUGACAAAUUAUUGCACUAUGAUUUUGAUGAAGAUAUGAACUUCAAAAAUGUUUUUGUCGAAGAUAUUGAAGAGAUAAAGGAUGCGCUUGCUUUAACCAUAAAGGCGAGAGAACAGUCGGACGAUGAUAUCAUACAAGCCAUGAACAAAUACACUAGUGUUCUGCAAAAAGCAUUACAGUCCGUUAUUACAAACAGCCACUGA